UCCCAACUGUCACACUGCAUGAGCUGUCGUCGGCCGAGAAAAAUAAUCAAAGGAACCGAAAUUCGCUAUCAGUGGGAGUGUAUUUUAGAUUUUUGUUGUUUAAUUUAAGGACAAAACCAGCACACGGGAAACAGCAGAAUGGCCGCAACGCUCAAACCUUAUCUGACUGCAGUCCGUCACACCCUGACGGCAGCGAUGUGUCUGACUAAUUUUUCCUCCCAGGUGGUCGAGCGGCACAACAAACCAGAGGUCGAAGUUCGCUCCAGCAAGGAACUGCUACUGACCCCGGUGGUCAUCUCCCGGAAUGAGAAAGAACGGGUGCUGAUUGAAACUAGCGUCAAUUCGGUGCGAAUCAGCAUCGCCGUCAAGCAGGCGGACGAGAUCGAAAAGAUCCUCUGCCACAAGUUCACCCGCUUUAUGAUGAUGCGGGCGGAGAACUUUAUCAUCCUGCGGCGGAAACCGAUCGAGGGUUACGAUAUCAGCUUCCUGAUCACCAAUUUUCACACCGAGCAAAUGUACAAGCACAAGCUGGUGGACUUUGUAAUUCACUUUAUGGAGGAGAUCGACAAGGAAAUUAGCGAAAUGAAGCUUGCGGUUAAUGCGAGGGCUCGUAUCUGCUCGGAAGAAUUCCUGAAACGGUUCUAGGGUCAGCCGGGCACAACAGAGCAAUGCAUUUAUCUUUUUCCCCCCGUGGCGCACGUUCGAGUUUAGCGAUUCAGAGUUGUUUUUGAAUUUUACGAGAAAGCUUUUAUUUUUAGGAAGUCUUAAUGCGGUUCCAAGGUACUACCCGAACAAAAGUCCCCAAAGCAAAGGCCGGCAUGCUGCGCACGCACGUUUGCACAUUAAGCUAAUACAAGUAUUAUAAAACGAUGUAGAAAUUCCAGUUUAAUCAAAAGCCAAAUUCCUGAUAA